AUGGCAGAUAAUAUAGACAAUAACGAUUAUCUAUCCGUAACUCCGAGCCUUAGAGUAAAUAACUCCGAAGGUCGUGGCUCAGACGCUGACAUAACGGUACCGACUCCUCCGAUAUCGUCUCCUCCAAUAUCGUCUCCUCCGACACCGCGACGAUCUUUAUACAUUAGCAAUCUUAGCAAUGCACAAAAUAUUCAGUCAUCUGCUGCUUUAAAAAAACAACUACAAGAUCAACUAAAAGAAUAUAGUGAUCAAUUAAAGUUGACUGAUGAAUUAAGUGCUGCUCUUAAAAAACAACAAUUAGAAAUAGACAAUCAAAUAAAAGCACUAGAUAAAACUGAAGGUGAUGAAGUCCCUCAAGAAAUAAGAUCUAAAUUAGCUGACCUUGAAAAGGAGCUUACAGAUAUAAAUACAAAAUCUACAAAGGUUUUAUUGCGAUCAAACAUAUCUGCUGCGGUAAAAUCACCAACUUCUUCAACUCCAACAACCCCUGCUACAGAAGUACCUUCAACAGUUACAGGAAAAUCUUCCUCAAGACGUGAUCGAAACGCUGCAAAAGGUCGGCAAAAAGAUAUAGAGUUUGCUACUGAAAUAGGUCAAGGUUUAUUACAAGAAGUUAGGCGUCUACAAGCUUUAUUACAAGAAAAAGAGGAGAAAAUAAAAGAACUUGAAGCUGAAAAAGCUGAAUUAGAACGUAAUAUUGAACAACUUAAUAAAACACUACGUGCAAAAGAAGAUUCUGAAGAUCGUCUAAAUAAAUAUGUUGAAACCCUUGAAUUAACUAGGCAAGAACUUAGUAAUCAAUUAGAAGAUUUACAACAACAACUCAGUAGAGCUCGUAGUGAUUACACAAAGAUUGAGAAAGCUCUCGCAACUGCAACUGAUGUUAUAGAACAACUUAAAGAUAAAGAAGAAAAAUUAACUGCAAGUCUUGAAAAUUUAAAAAUUAGACAUGAAAAAGAUAUGCAAAAUAAUAGGAGGCAUAUUGCUGCUCUUAAUAGAGAAAAAUCUGAUUUAACUCAAACUAUUGAUGAUUUAAAAUCUCAAUUAGAUACUUUUUUAAAUGCUUCAAAAAUUAAGAAAAGUACUAAAGAAAUGGCUACUGGUUCAAAUAAUAAUUUAUCUUAUGGUGAAGAUGGUCAAGUUAUUAGUGGUGACGAUAUUGAUUCAGCUUUUCCUCAAGAUUUAAUUAAUAAAAAUUUAAAUGCAAAAGAUACUAUGAAAGCUCUUGGUGUUGCUAAUCGUAUGAUUGGUAACCUUCGUGCUAAUCUUCAAAAAGAGAAGAGUGAAAAAUAUGAAUUAAAAAAAUUAUUAAUUGAUAGUCAAGAACAAAUUGAAGCUAUGCAAGCUGAAAUUUAUGAUGUUACCGCUAAUCCUAAUCAAUUUAAAAGAAGACAAAUUAAUAAUUUACCUGGUGAACUUUCUGAUGUAUCUGAAAGUGAUGCUGUUUCUACUAAUAGUGAAAAAAUAAAUAAGAAUAAUCGUCCUUCAUCUGAUUGGUUCACUUCUGAUAAAUCUAAAAGGAGAUUAAUGUCUGAACGUUCUCGAUCAUCAUUAUUAUCAAGAGAAUCUGCUGAUGUUGAUAUUAUUCCUGGUGAGGAUGAAGAUGAUGAAACUAAAGAAAUUGUAGAAGCAAGAAGAGCUGAAGCAUUAAGAAAAUUAGGUGAUAAUAAUAAUGUUCUAUCUCGAGAAAUAGUGGGUGAACCAGGAACUCUUGAUGAUGAUACAUAUGAAAAUUCCGAUAAAAAUUCUGAUAUAAGGCAUAAAGAUUCGGUCGUCCGUAGACGUGUCACUGAAUAUGAAGAUAUUAAUAAACAAAUUGCUGAUGAUGAAAACGUUACUCGUAGAGGUAACUCUCAAAGUGAACCUAGAUCUCCUAAUGAUAAUAAAAGACGUACUGAUAGUGAAAGUUCUUAUAUAGAAGAUAUAUCUCCUAAUGAUGAUAAAAGACGUACCGAUAGUGGAAAUUCACAUAUAGAAGAUUCUUCUCCGGCCACUCGAUCGAUUUCAGGAGAAAUUACCAUACCUAAGAAUAUUUCAGGAAAGGAGUUCAGAAAUAUUGGUGUACAAACGGACUCAGGUGAACGAAGUGAUUCGAUGACCACAUUUGGAAAUAACAGAGAUACAGCGAUCUUUGAUAAUAAUUCACAAGAUUCAAAGAUUGAUCCAACUAGUCAAUCAAAUUUGUCUGUACCUGAUAAUAAUAAUGAGAAUAAACGAUUUACACUUGAUUUAUCAAAUAAUCAACAAUCUCGACCACGCGGUAUUCUUCAAAAUUCAUCUAAACCACAGUCACCAGUUCAAAGUUUAGAUCCACCUCCACGACCUAUAAAUGGACCAUCAGCUUCAUUAAUACAACGUUCAGCAUCCGUAAAUUUUGGUCAACAAGCGGGAACAUCAAAAGUUCAACAAUCCCUUAAUGGAGCGCAUAAAAGUUCAGCGGAUUCACAAGAUGGUAUACUAUCAAGUAAACCUAAAACAAGGGAUAUUAAUAACUUAAGCGUUGGUGAACCUACAUCAACACUUCAUAAUCAUUCGUCCAGUUCAGGUUCGAUUUCAACAUCGAGUAGCGCUUCGAUAACGGCAGAACAAGCUAAUAAAUCUGCUGAACAUAAUGGAUCAUUGGUCGGACCAUCCGGCACAGACCCAACUGUUAUUCAUGCAAUCACUCAAACUAUGAUUGGUGAAUAUUUAUGGAAAUAUACUCGACGUAAUUUCGGAGUUGAUAAACGACAUAAAAGAUUCUUUUGGGUUCAUCCAUAUACCAAAACAUUAUACUGGAGUAAUAAAGAUCCCAGUAACCAUGAACCAGUUGAUCCAAAAUCAAAGAGUGGAACAUCAUAUUUUGCAUAUAUAGAGUCUGUACGACAAGUUGUUGAUCAUAAUCCUUCGCCACCUGGUUUACAUCAUAUGAGUUUGAUUAUCAAGACUCCAGAACGAGAAUUGAAAAUUACUGCACGUUCCAAAGAACGACAUGAAUACUGGUACCAGGUUUGUUCACCUUCCAACACAGAAGUAGCAUCGGAUCCUUGGGAUAAACAACCAACUCGUAACUUGUUUGAUAGUACAUCACCAACAGGAUCUUUAAAAGAUGGUAACCUUAAGAAAAAGUCUAGUUUUAAUAAAAUUCAAUCAAUGUUUCGACGUAAUGAAUCACCUCUUUCGUCCGAAUAUAUUGAUGGCCAAUCGCAACAACUUGCGGCAAUGCUGUGA